AUGCCUCCCAGGAAAAGAAAGAGGGGGAAAAAGAUCGGUUCCAUUCAUCAGGCAGAGAAGAGCACUGCCGGUUCAGAUGGGAUAUGGACCUACAAUCCCGUCUCUGUUUCGAGAGGCGAACCGGUGGAGAUCUUUCCCGGCGGAGAUGUCGACAUCGGUGUCGCAACCAAGAUACAGUUGGGGGAGUACUACAAAAUUAUGCAUGACACUCAGGGUGUUGGCAUCAAAUGGUCUCCUGAUGAAAGUUUCAAAUCAACUAUUCGACCUUUUCUUCUUGAUGGAAAAAUUCGUUUCGAGUUUAAGGAGGUUGAGAGGGUGACUUUUAGCCCCAAGGUCUUCACAUUCCCUGUUUUUAAUUAUCUUCAAAGCUUCUUCCCCAACUGA